GCAGGCAAACUUGUAAGCAUGGUACGUGUGUAUCACCCGGAAAGUGUCAAUGUGACGCGGGAUACAGAGGCGAACAUUGUGAUAAAGCGUAUCCAACAUCAGAAAAACCAGCCUCUGCUUCGACAACAACUUCGCUGCAUUCUACGAUUCCGACGUCGACCACGAAAUCAUCUAACGAAUAUGAACUGACUACUGAGACAAUUCCAGGCGUUGGAUCAAAUUCAUACCCAAGAACUCCAUCUGGGUCGUCUAAUGGAAUAGCAACAAGAGAAAUCACGGCAGCGUUAUCUUCAACAUCAUCAUCUCCAGGUACUUAUGCAACAUCUGAAGGUCUUUCAAAGACACCACCAACAAAAUGGUCUUAUUUGGCGAUCAUAAGUGAUAUGGUCCAAGGGGCUCUACCGCCUGACGUCAAGGUACGCAAUGCCCGCCAAGUUCCACAAGAGUGGCCCUUGACGAUGAUGAACUCGUUGCCUGCUCAGGCUCCAAUGGCACCGAUCUCUACCACCCCACCGCCUGGUCUGACGGUCUUGACCAAGGAUGGUGACGCAUACGAAAUCCCGUUGGCUGACGUCGACAUUCGAGUGAUAAGGUUGACCAUACGAGAUGGGUCCGUGACAAUCGCCAACUCGUCGACCGACGCGAAUGGUACCCUGUGGUUUGACAUUCACACAGCCGAGCAUUUCAUCAUAGUCGCAUCUAAAACAGGAUACUUGGAUACGUCAUCAACCUAUCGUUACAAACACGGAGAGAGGAAUGUCCAUACUAUUUCGAUGCAGAAGCAUUCGCUGAGGAAGGAGUUUACUUGGACGUCAGGGCUUGAUCGUCUUGUGGAGUUCAGACCAAGAUUCAAAGGCGUUCCAUACAGUUUUGAGAUCCCAGCAGGCAGUCUUGAUGCGCCAGAGAAGAGCAAUAUUGAGUUAAAGUUCCAUGAUGUCAACACGAAUGACCCGGUUGAAAUGAGAAAGGCCCCUGAGCUCAUUGCAGCGGUAGACACACCGGAAGGAACCACCUUGAUAAGCCUCGCAAUCUUUGCCAUGGCUGACCUAACAAUUGUCAAUAUGGACACCGAGGAGCCGGUCGAUCUCAUGUUGCCUGUUGAGGCCGAGUUCCCUCUCAGCCGGAAACCUAGGGGUACUCGCCAGGGAAGUCGCAUAUCGGCCUGGUACUUUGAUAAAACCACAGGUGUCUGGAGGAAAGGAGGCGUCGGUAAAGUGAGGCUUGAUCGAUUUCAAGAACCGAUGUGGAGCUUUGAAGCAAGACAUUUCACCUGGUGGAGUGCCAUGCAACCUUGGGCAGGGACCUCCUGCGUCAUUGUCAAGACCUGCUUCGACAAGAAGUGCCAACGUGUCGCCAGCUUCAUCCCCGUCGAAUUUGAUGGCGUCGACUUUUCCUAUUCUUCCUCGGCCGUGUCAAGCGGGGAAGGGCGAGCAUGCGCACAGUUCAAAAUGGGAGGCAACGUCAUGGUUUCGUCACCCUUUUCAGGUGAUCCCAAGCUCGUAGAAGGCAAUCCCGUAAGUGGUUCUUCGUGCCCACCCGAGUACGAUACCUUGGUGCUCAGUCCGCCGGGUCAGGCCCAGACGGGACGAUGUGAAGAGGUCGUCGUAGUGGUAAGAGAUCCAUCAGAAACAACAGAACCACCUCGAAGGACAGAACCAUGGACUACUCAAGAGCCAGAGGUUACCACUACAACAGAGCCGGCAACAACCAUCCCGAUGACCACCCCCACGACUCUGCCACCGACUCCCCCUCCUAGAGGUCUUCAGGUGCUUGCCAUGGACAGUUCGGCCCAGCAAGCUCUGCUUUCCGAUGUCCAGAUCCGGAUUAUCAGACCAACAAUCAAGAGUUCACAAACGACAACAACUGCGAUAUCGCCGAUGACCACUUCCUCCAUGAUGAACUCCUCGAUGACAACUUCCGUGAUGACGAAUUCAUCGAUGAUAACAUUAUCGACGGUGAAUUCUUCAUUGACGAACUCGUCAACUGUGAAUGACUCGUUAAUCACGGCUUCGACCGCCGCAGAUGGCAUUGCAUUGCUGGAUGUUCCCGAAGACGAACCUGUAAUCGUCGUUGCAACCAAGGAGGGUUAUCUAUCGACAUCAUUCACCUACUCUUUCCAACCAGGAGUGAAAAACGUCUUACCAAUCUCGAUUCAAAAGCACCCGUUUACGGAACAGUUUGUCUGGAUGGCUGACGAAGAUCAGCGUGUAGAAUUUACAACUCCCGAUCACCAAAUUCCUUACGGGCUUGAAUUUCCAGCUGGGAGUCUCAACAUCACGGAUGGGAGCGCUAUUGAUGUCCUAUUCUUCGGUGUACAUACCACGACUCCAGCUGAAUUGAAAGAAGUGCCCGAGUUGAUUGGCUCAGUCGAAUCAUCCGAAGGAACUAAACUGAUUGGAUUAGAGGCCCUUACGAUGGCCGAAGUGACAAUGGUAAACUCGGAGACCAACGAUCUCGUCGACAUCGUACUGCCAUUUGAAGUCGAGUUCCCUCUGGAUCGGAAGCCUCGUGGAGUCCGUCAUGGUUCUCGUAUUCCAGCUUGGUAUUUCGAUAAAGCGACAGGAACGUGGAAAGAAGAUGGCAUCGGCAAGGUGAAACGGAACAAGGCGGGAGAGUUGUUCUGGAGUUUUCAAGCCAGUCAUUUCACAUGGUGGAGUGCCAUGCAGCCCUGGCCAGAAACGUCGUGUAUUAUCAUCAAGUCGUGCUAUGAAAAGAACUGCAAACGAGCCGCCAGUUUCGUCCCUGUCGAGGUUCAUGGUGUCGAUUUCUCCUUCGUCUCAACCAGCGUGACUAGCAAGGAGGGGCAAACCUGCACCCAUUUUAAGAUGGGUGGCCAAGUCAGGGUGUCAUCACCCUGCUCCAAGAAACCCAAGUUCAGGACUGGUGAGCUCGGAGGUACCACGUACUGUCCAGAAAACACUCAGGUACUGAGACCACAUCAAGACCAGACCGAGACGGGUCAAUGUGAACAGGUGGUCAUCGUGGUCAAAGAUGGAUGGUCGCUGAGCUGCAGCGAGCCAGACAAGCACACAAAGGCUAACUCUACACGAUUCGAGGUGGGCAGCACUACAUUCUUCCAGUGCACUGGCGGAUACAGUCUCAUAGGGCAACCGCAGAGGGCGUGCUUGCCAUGUGGAAAAUGGAGCGGACCAGACCCGAUCUGCACGUAGUGAACAUGAUGAGCAUAACGAAGAGAAGGCUGAUGCAUGGCAAGAAUCUACUGAUCAUAUACACAGUAUAGGCCCCUACAACCUUGGGCAAUAUUCGCAUCUAGAUGAACAUUCGAAAAAAAGGUUGAAAGCUCAUGAAAGAUUAGGAAAUUGCCAACUACCGACAGCUGACUUUAUAAUUAAACGAAGUAAGACUUCUGUUCCAUUAUGUGUUCAUUGAUACGCAGUGACUUUUUUAAAUAGAUAGUGAGUAAGGAUUUGUAUUCGCAAAUAUGCAUGAUUUUUUUUAUUUUCUUUGUAUAGAACAUUGUAAAGUAUAAAGUUAUAUAAUCAAGUAUACACAGGUCCAUCCAUGCCAAUAUAGGGUCGCAAGACGAUAAAUACAGUUAGUAGUAGCCAUAUAUUUUGUAUUGUCUGUUUCUGCAUAUCUUUUUUUUCAAAUUUAAUUAUUAUAAUACAUUUUACCAUCGACUUAAUAAACACAGUGUGUUUUUACUGUAGAGAAAUUCAAAUAUAUUGAAUUUCAUGCUUAUGUAAAACCUUAAUUUUUUUCAUGAACUGUUAGGGCCCCUCCCAGCGAUUCCAAUGAUAAAAUAUACAUCGGAUGAAUAAAUAAUUAUUCGGAAUAUAAAUUAAUAAUAAUUGCAAAAUAUCGACACAUAUAUACAUGAUUCGUUUUCCAAUUCCCCUCGGCAUGCUCGGUGUUGAUGUUGUAUGUUUCGUACAUUUUACCGUUAAUGAAAAAAAAACCCUUGGGUUUAACACCGAGUCUGCGUACGGUAAUGUAGAGGGGCAUACCCAGUACGCCAAACUUGGCACCAUACUCUGGGGAACUAUUAUUGUUGUUCCGCUCAUGCACGAUCGUCGAAAAGGAUUUUAAACUGUUUUAGUGUUUCUAUUUUACUCCAUAUUCAGCUGCUUCUUUUUAAUAAAAUUGAAAAACAAACAAGAGAAUGUAAUCAGA